AAGCAAGCCAGAGCACCCAGAGCAGAGCAGCGACAAUGCUGUGCUGCUGUGUCUGUUGUUAUUUACACGACACACGCUCACUUUCACAGUGUCUUGGGGAUUGGAAUCGUCGACAACCCUCGCUCGCCAGCAUCCAAUGACAAGCAGCUGACGAUCCUGCUGCACAACAACAGCGAACGACCGACGACAUCAACGCCGACGGCAUCUGAUAUCACACACACACACACACACACACACACACACACACACACACACACACACACACACACACACACACGCAAAGCAAGGAAAAGAUGGCAUCGCAGGUGAACAGCAACGGCGGUGUGCAGGUGGAAGAGGAGCAGCAGCGCGCAGAGGAGAGGAAGCGGGGCGUCAAGCGGCUCAAGCGCUACUUUGCAGGCAAUGGCUUCGAGCUGAACGAAGACACACUCAUGGCUGUCCUUGACAUGUUUGACGGCGACCUGAAGGAGGCGCAGGCGUUCCUGGAGGUUGGUGCGGGCGAUGAUCAAGGUGGUUUCGACGUGCGCGAGUACGCCAACAGCGACGGCCGCCCGCCAGACUUUGACGCAAACCCGCCCGAGAUGGUCAAGCUCGACAUCCCACAGCCGGAGACGCUGGCGCACCGCAUCAAGGCGGCCUUCCUGUCGCCACGCAGCACCUUCGAGCAACACCACACGCUGCAGACGCAGCACCCUCGCGCAUACCGCGCCGUGCUUGACAUCUUGCUUCGUUGCCGUGUGGACCUGCACCACGGCGCAAAGGCGCGUGCCCUCGCGGCUGCGCUUGCACGCAAGGACCGCUCCUUUGUGGAGUACGUGCUCUCUGGCGAGGUGAACGGCCUUCUGGGCGAGGACAUGGGUGUGGCGGACGUGUUUGGGCUGCCGGAGCUGCUGCGGGCGCUGAAGAUCCUGGACACUGCGCGGCUUGUUCGCCAGCUGGAGGGCAGGGUGGAGCGCAUGCAGGCCCGUGCGGAGGAGAAGAGGCAACGCCUCAUUGCCCGCGCAAAGGCGAAGAAGAGUGAACAAGAAGAAGAAGAGCAGGCGAAGGAGAAGAAGGCAUCAAAGGUGACCAAGGGUGAGCGCAAGGACAAGAAAGAGGAGGAAGAGGAGGGGGAGAAACAGAACCAGGGGAAGGACAAGAACGCGGUGACACCACAGCAGGACCACGAUGAUGAUGAUGAUGGAUCCCGUGACAACGACGACGACGACGACGGCGAGGACCAGCAGCAGCAACAGCAGCAACAGCAGCAGCAGCGUCGUGGUGUGCGGUACCAGCGACACCGCAACCAUCGUGGUCGUGGUCGUGGUCGUGGCCGUGGUCGGGGUCGAACGGGCACACGCGGGCGCGGGCGCCACCACAGGCAACAGCGAACGGUUGAGGACAGCGUGCCCGAGCUCCCUGCACCGUUCAAGGGGCGUGUUAUGCGCCUGCGCAAGCAGCUUGAAGACACGCGCGCGUGCGCGGAGUAUGUGGGCGGCGCCACGCUGACGGGCGCGUGUGCGAGGUACGUGCGCCAGCUUGUGGCGCGUGUGCCUGCAAGCAAGCUGGAGUACUUUGCGCUGCAGCUGCCACCGGAGCCGUGGCAAGAGCUGGCCGACCUGGUGCACGUGAACCCUGCGCGCGGGGUGCAGCUGCCCUGGUUCAUGCCGCGUGUGUUUGGGGAGGAGCCGCCGGAGGACUCGAUGGUCGCUGCCUGCAAGCACAUGACGCAAUCCACGGCGCUGAGCGUCAUCCGCAAGUGGCGCCCGCCCUACUCCUUCCUGCGCCUGCACGGCAAGGGCGACAGCGACGCCCUGUCGGAGGCGUGCAAGCUGCAGGUGGCGUCGUAUGCGCCCAUCAACACGUGCCUGUGGUGGCACCACGAGCUGUACACGCCCAACCUGGACACGGUGCUUGCCGAACGCAUCCACCAAGGGGACCACCCGACCCUCCCAUAUGGCAAGCUGAUGGAGCGACUGCUGUACCUCAAGCAGCAGCACGCCGCGUCCCCGCUUAUACCGCUGCUGCUGCCGCUUGCCGAGGAGCACCUGCGCCGCCUGGACGUGGACCUUGCCCCGCCUGUUGUCGUGCUUGGCGACGCAUCGUACUCCAUGGACGUGGCCAUCCGCGUGUCUGUCAUCAUCAGCAGCGUCGUGGCCGCCCUGACGGAGGGCGACCUUCGCUUCUUCAACACGGAGAGCACGUGCCCAGAUACCGUGCCAAGGACGGCUGCCGACGUGCUGGAUGUUGUGUCCACCACGCGUGCGGACCGGCAGACGGCACCGGCAGCUGCGCUGGCCGAGUUCUACUCGGAGCGGCGGGUGGUGAAGACGUUUGUGGUGGUGACAGACGAGAAGGAGAACAUGAAGCACGAUGGCUUGUACUUCCACCAGCUGUUUUACAAGUACUACACGGAGGUGCACCCGGCGCAGAUUGUGUUUGUGUCGUUUUUGGAGCCAAACCAGACUGGCGUCAUGACGGCUGCGUUGCGCAACUUGGGCAUUGAGCCCAUCCAGUUUGCGCUUGACGCGCGGCUGCCUGACCUGACAAAGCUGGACAGCAUCCUGGGCCUCCUCUCCACGGAGGCGCAGCCCUUCCGGCACAUGGUGGACCACGCAGAUGGCGGUGGUGAGGGUGAGGUGGGUGGUGAGGAGGGUGAGGAGGGUGGGGAGGAGGGUGAGGGUGGGGAGGAGGGUGAGGAUGAAGGUGGUGAUGAAGCAGAGUGAGUAAGUGAGGGGUGGUGGUUUAACGACCGUGUUUUCUUGCGCGAGCCCGACGUGAAAGACCCUGUUUUUUGUUUGUGCUUGACCUUAAAUAACGUGACCCUACUGACACUCA